AGGUCCUCUUUAAUUUUCUAAGCGAUCAUGUCACCCAUCUUUCUGAUUCCAUUUCAAAACAACAAGCGACCCCAGAUAAGGCCACACACAAGACCUCGACCUGGGGACCCCGGUUCUCUCGGAAUAAAAUGGCAAGAACUCCAAGCAUUUGUUUUUUCUGACGAAGGAGCAGUUAGAGUUAUAAUUAUCAUUGGCGGCGCACUUCCAUGAUAAAUUCAAAAAGCCACAGCCUGAAACUGAACUAAAAGCAUAAGCAAAGGACAUUGAAAAACAAUGGGACUGCGCCUACCGAGCUCCCUCCCGCGAAACCGGCAACAGGUUGUCACUGCGGCGGUGGCCGGCUUUGGCACCUGUGUCUUGCUUGCCGGUGUUUGGCGAAAGAGGAGGCAUCUGUUAAAGAAGGUAAAAACGCUUCUCUGGGACACUGAUUUGGCUGAGGAUGCUGUGGAUGAUCAGGAAGAAGUUGUAGAAGCAGCGACCGAUAGACGACAGGGGAAAAAUAAGCCAGCGUUUGACAGAGAUCAUGAGGAAGAUCCGCUCGUGAUUGCCACUCCGGCGGCGGCCAGACAGAAUCAAGAUCAUCGUGAAAAACCAGAGACCGAGCUUGCGGGUGCAUCAGACACGGCAACAUCGGCGGUGAUUUUGCACGCCGACGAGGAUGCGUUAUUUGAUGCGGGGAAGCCAGCAACAAGCUCUUCCGGCACUGGCUGUUGUGGCGGAGCAGGUUCUGCUGCAGGCGGGACAAGUGCCAAUGACAAGGCCAGUAGUUCAUCUGGCUGCUGCGGUGGAUCUGCGAGCAGCAGCGGUGGUGCAGCGAGCGCAGCCUCAGUGACCUCGACCUGUUGCUCUUCAUCUAAGAGCGAGAGCCAGCACGGGUUUCACGAUGCGCCAACAUCGAAUUCACAUACACAUUCUACCACUUUCCAGCAAGAGCAGAAGCAGGCUUUGAAGCAGUCGCAGCAGAAACGGCGGCACCACUCGCACUCAGAGGACGUAGACUUGGAAGACUUGGGCGACAAGUCGAAAAAGUUCGAAUUUGACAUCAUAAAGGCCUUUGCGGAGGACGAAGAGGAGGACGAGAGUUCGCUGGAGGACGAUUCGGACGCUGAGAGAAGAACGUCCAAAAAACGACAAGCAGAUGAACUACCAACUCAGUCCGACCGCAGAAACGCGUCUGGUACGGAUGGCAACGAAGGGAGAGAGAGUUCUCAGUUGCAGUCCACAUCUGGUAUUGGUGCGAGAAGUGAAUCGAUGAAAACUGUCCAAGUAAACGACGACAACACUGCGGAAUACAAAACGGAGCAUUACACGCCCGCUGAUAUGCUCCGCGACAUGAACACUAGUCCAGAGACGGUCGACGAAAACUCCACCGCCACAGCGUCUGGCUCGUCCCCCUCAGCACCAGAACCUCCAAAACACCUAAAGCCGCCACAGGCCCUCCUCCCCGGCAACGGGCAGAAGGUGUGGAUGAAGACGUUCGGUUGCAGCCACAACGCGAGCGACAGCGAGAUCAUGCUUGGGCUCUUACAGGCGGAGGGGUAUGUUAUCACCGAUGACCAGCUCGCCGCGGAUGUGAUGAUCGUGAAUUCCUGCACGGUGAAGAACCCGAGUCAGGACGCCGCCGUGAAUUUGAUCAAGAAGUCGAAGAACGAGGGCGGUGGUUCCGGCGGGCCCACGCCGGUCAUUUUAACCGGGUGCGUAUCUCAGGCGGACCCGAAGUUUGUGAAGAACCUGGAGCAGUCGAAGGUGCAGAACGUCAGCAUCGUGGGGCUUUCCUACACGGACAAAAUCGUGGACGCCGUGGAGCAGGUGUUGCAGGGAAAUCGGGUCUACAUGAUGGACUUCUUGGACAACCCGCUGAAGCAGGCACCGCUGCUACCGAAAUCGCUCAUGCUGCCGAAAGUGCGGAAGAACCCGCUGGUGGAGAUCAUCGCGAUCAACACAGGGUGUCUGGGUGACUGCACGUACUGCAAGACAAAGUUCGCGCGGGGCACGCUGAAGUCCUACUCAGUCGAGCAGAUCGUGGAACGGGCGAAAUUUGCGUGGGAGAAGGACGACGUGCAGCAAAUUUGGUUGACCUCGGAGGACACCGGGGCCUACGGGCUGGACAUCGGAACAAAUAUCGUGCACUUGCUGGAGGCGUUGCUGAAGGUCGCGGAAGAAGCGUCUGCACUUGCAGGUAGAACAAACGCUGGAAGCCGAAGUGAUUCAGAUUCUUCCCACAUCAUCAAUCCGAAGAAGAAGAUCCUCCGUCUGGGCAUGACGAACCCGCCGUAUAUGGCCCGCCACGCGACGAGAAUAGGCGAGUUGCUGAACCACGAGAACAUGUUCGAGUUUCUCCACGUGCCCGUGCAGUCUGGCGCGGACCACGUGCUGAAAAACAUGAAUCGGGAGUACACGAAAAACGUCUUCACCAAGAUGUGCAAGCAAAUCCUGCAAAAAUCCCCGGACAUGACUUUCGCCACCGACAUCAUCUGCGGCUUCCCGGACGAGAAGGAUAGUGACCACGUGGAGACGCUGAACUUGAUCAAGGACUUCCAGUUCGCCGUGGUCAACAUUUCCCAGUUUUACCCCCGCCCGGGCACGAAAGCGGCCCACAUGCAGCGAGUGGACACGCAGGUGGUCAAGCAGCGGUCGACCGAGGUCACGGAUUUGUUCAUGAGCUACACGAAAAACGAGAAGUGGAAGGGGAAAAAAUUGCUCGUUUACUGGUCCGACACGGACAACAGUCGGGGGCGGAAGCAAACCGUCGGGCACACGAAGCAGCACGUCAAAGUGGUGGUUCCGAGGGACGAUAAGCUGUUGAACACGUGCAGCUAUGUGCUGGUGAAGAAAGUGACGAAGUGGCACUUGGAGGGGGAGCACUGCAGUGGUGGCGAGGAAGCAGAAGCUGAUGAACAGAACUGCGCAGCGGGAAUUGAAGGAGAAGUCGUGAUUCACUCCCGGGAUGCGGAUCUCGAUGCAACAGACGCUGCAAAAAAUACAGGAGAUGCGGCUAUCGUCGUUGCUGCGGAUGAAGCGGAAGUGAAGAUGAACGUUCAACAAGAAAGCGAGCCUGUAGCAGCUGCUGUUGUUCAAGAUGUCACUAGCGACGAUGAGAACGAGAAAAAAGCUGCAGAACCGCAUCAAGAGCUCAGCACACCUGACAUUAGCGCGGCCAAGAACCUUGAUGAGGGCUUAGCGCUGGCGGAAGAUUACGGGGAAGAGGACGAGGAGGAAACUGAAUUGCAGCAGGAAAGCGAAUACCACCACGGGCACGAACCAAAUAAAGGCGAAGACCACACUCACACAGAUCCGCGCGUGUCUUCCUCUGUUGCGAGCACACCGAGCACGAAGUUCGACGUUGCGGAUGACCGGGACGAGCUACAGGACGUUCUUCCUUCGUCUCCUGAGUUAGAGAUGGAAGUACAAGAAGCGAAUCAACUUGAGAGCGCACAAAAUGAAGAUACUCAGAGUGGGUAUGGGUUCGAAGAGAAGCAUGUUGUUGAUGAGCUUCCGGAACCAGAAAGCGACGAGCUGGUCGAUGUUGUCGACACUGCAGGUCCGCAUGUACAGGACCACUUCAUCAUACCGCCAGCGACGUCUACGACAGUACAGAUGGUCUCUGCAAACCCAAUCGCGUACAGCUGUGGCACGGCUCACUCCGCAUACGAACUGCUCUACGGGGGUGACGUUGCUGAAGGGAUGGAGCAGGAAAACCAAGACACCAUCAAACCAGUAAGCGACGCGACCCAGAACUUCGAAAGCGAGGACGGCGAGACCUCCAAUUGCGGACGACGAGACGAGGACAAAAGCCACCGUGGUACGAGCGAAUUCACUUCUGUUCAUGAGCACGCGGCAGACGCAGACGAAAACAAAGUACGGGAGGAGGCCUGCUCUUCUGCAACCGCGGCAUCGAGCUGUUCGGCUUCAAUGUCAGAAACCGAAGAAGAGACGGCGAGGAAUUUUUGCCCUGAUGAAUGUGCGGCGGAUGCCAAAAGCAAAAGGCAGGAUAGCGAUAGUUGUGGAGAAGAAGACGAAUCCACUGAGGCCGCAUUGAAGGACAAAAUCGAUCCUGCGCCGAUAGCACCGGAAGCAAACGAAGACGAAGUGCCUCAAAGUGAAGAUAAGAAAGGAAAAACAGCGACGGCGACCGGAAAAAGCGCAGAGAAGCAGAAAAAGAAAAAAACAAACAAGAACGCCUCCACUACCAGCGGCGCGUCUGGGACAGGUUCUGCGCCGCCGCCUCUCAAAUCAAAUCGUUUUCGAAGAAAACGCGUGCCAAAGAAACCGCCAGGCGCGGGAGUUGUAGCUGGUGAGGAGAUGUGAAGGCUCUCGCAUUGCAACAGGUUUUGAUAUUGGGGGAGCAGUGCAGCAAGAAAUCCAAGUCAUGCGACAAAACAAUGAUUGAAGUGAACCCUCCAGCACCACACACUUCAACUUUUGAAUCGCCUCCAACAACACACAGUAUCUCUUUUACCUGCAGCGCAAACAUGACGAUAGCGAAAUUGAUAAUGCACCCUGAC